CUGGUCUAACACAUCCCAUUGUCCCAGUCAGGAUUCACGAUAUAUUACAGGCCUUUAGCAAAUUUCUAAAAAGGAAAAAUGAUUCCCCCUCGCGUCAUCACCGUCUUCGGUGCAACCGGAAACCAGGGUAGCGGCAUCAUCAACACCGUUCUUGCGGUACCAGCAGUCAGGGAAAAGUAUACCCUGCGAGGCGUCACUCGCGAUCCAGAGGGUCCCAAACGCACGGCGCUUUCACAAAAAGGCGUUGAGCUUGUCAAGGCUGACCUGAACGACCUUGACUCCCUGAAAGCCGCUAUUCGAGGCUCAUAUGGUGUCUUCGGUAUGACGGAUUUCUGGAGCAUCCACUCGAAGGAAGUCGAGGUGCAGCAGGGUAAGAACCUCUUUGAAGCCUGCAAAGCCGAAGGGGUGCAGCAUUUUGUCUACUCCUCCUUGCCUUGGGCAACCAAGACUACAAACGGCAUCUUGCGUCACCUAGAACAUUUUGAUAGCAAGGCGAUGGUGCAGGAAUUUAUCGAGGCUCACAAGGGGGAUAUGAUUGCGUCGUAUUUCCGGCCGGCCAUGUUUUUGAGCUUUCUUCCAAAUUUGAUCCGCAAGCGAGACGGGACGCCGACGAUGAUCUUGCCAUUCCCGUCUGAUUCCAUCUCCUGGCCCUUCAUUGAUCCCCCUCAGGACGGUGGCAAGUACGUUCUAGGGCUCUUCGAAGGCGGAUCCGCAGCCAACGGCGUUCAGGUCAAUGCAGUUAGCUGUUGGACAACUCCAAAGGAGCUCGCAUCAGCCUUGACCAAGGACUCCGGGCGCGAGGUUGCCUUGGAGAUUGUAGAUCCGGAAACUUUUGCGAGGGAGUUUCCCGAGAACAUUGCGGCGGAGCUAACAGAGACGCUGAGGAUUGUGGGAGAGUUCAGUGUCUACGGGCGCAAUGAGGAACAAAACCUGGCCAAGCAUGACAAAUGGCUAGUUGAGGGGCUGGGAAGAAGUUGAGUUUGGAGCAGUGGAUUUAUCAGAAUCGGCCGUGGACGUUCGAGGCAACUAGUUUUCUCGACACUUUAGCCGAACAGAAAAGACAACAGCAUCAAUGAUCCACUCUGUUCUAGUUUGAUUAGGCUAGAUAAUGAACUGCGAUAAAGGGACCACCACUCACACUGCCAUGCUGAUUCCUUCUUACACCCUUACACUCCUGGUGUCUUCUGAGACCCCAAUUGCCCUAAUCACGUGCUUGCAAGGUCUAAAUACCACCCGUUCUCCAUAAAAGGUCCAUCAGUGCAUACUGCGUAACUUCUUUCAUCCAACGGGGAAGCUAGAUGUCAU